UUCAGCUGUUUUGUGUCUACAUACAAUUAACUGUCUGAAAGGUCAUGGAGGGAGAUUUACAAAUGAAUUUCCAAAAUUGUAAUAAAAUUGAAUCUUGACCCGUUGAAGAGUUAUUUCUUAUAAAUCCUGGUUAUCCAUACAACAUGCAGGCGGAGGAACUUGCUUGUCUGCCUGUAGGCAGUGAGGUGUCAGCAAAGUACAAAGGAGCUUUCUGCGAAGCUAAAGUUAAAAAGGUGCACAGAGUUGUCAAGUGCCGGAUAACCUUCAAACUGGGACUAGGAAGCUUUACUCUCUGUGAUUCAUUGUUAAAAGGAAAUAUAUUGGCUGGAGCUACUGUACAAGCCAAGCAUCCAGAGAAAGGCACGUUUUUAGAUGCUGUAAUCAACAAAAUACAGGAUCAAUCCCACUACACCGUCGUGUUUGAUGAUGGUGAUAUUGCGACAUUAAGACGGAACGCACUAUGCAUGAAAUCCGGGAAACAUUUCAACGCCUCGGAAUCCUUGGACAACCUUCCUUUAACUCAUCCGGAACAUUUCGGAACUCCGGUCGGAGGCCGGAGGCGGGGCAGGGUUGAAGAGGAGGAGGAGGAAGAGGAGAGUUCGGAGGACGAGGAAUCCAACCAACCUUAUUUAGGGAGUAUAGGACGAGUAGUGUGUGUUGAAGUAACGGAUAAAAAACAAACAAAAGCCAAGGAGAACUGGUUUCCAGGCCUAGUGGUUGCACCAAACGCCCAGGAAAUAGUGAAGAUCAAUACGAAAGAAGACUUUCUAGUCCGAAGUUUUAAGGAUCAUCGGUAUUACACUGUGCCUAAGAAGGAAUGUAAACGGUUCCAUCGAGAAACUGCCAAAUCCUCAACUGAUACUGGCUUACUAAAGGCUGUGGAGAACGCUGUAGCUUAUCUAGAUGAGGAUGUUCUGCCUCCUCACUGGGAUAGAGAGAUUCUCUUCGAUAUGCGCGAAGAAACGAGUACUGGAGAAGCGUCAAGUGAAGAAGAUGUGCUGGAGAGCGGAGAGGAAGAUUCAGAGAGUACAGAGGAGAAGGAUCAUCUAGUUGCUGAGCUGUACAAGCAUAUGGAUGAUCGAGGAACACCUAUCAAUCGGACCCCGUCGAUCGGAACAAGUGAUGUCGAUCUUUAUCGACUCUUCAAGGUGGUUCAACGUCUUGGUGGACAAAACCGUGUCACAGCGCAUAAUCAGUGGAGACAGGUUGCCAAGAAAUUAGGAUUUGAAACCAACUGGUGUGUAAAUCAGGUUCGUGUGUGUUAUAACAGAUAUCUGCACAGUUUUGAGGAUCUCUACCGUACCCUUGGUUGUACACUUGUAAACCAUCCUAGAGGAAACCUCAGAAUCCGGCAUGGAUCUGGUCGACCUCUGGCCCGUGGAGUCCGUAUAGGAAGUAGAUCUAAGGAGGAGGAAGAGGCUGGAGGAGAGGAGGAUAAUAGUGAUAGAAGUAGUGUCAGCAGUCAAUAUAGUGAAACUAGGAUUAAACAGGAACCUGAAGAGGAUAAGGAAGCAGCCCCUGUCCCUAAGAAGGAUGGAAGAGGAAGGAAGAAGGGAACCAAGCUGAAGAAGGAAGUAAAGGAAGUAAAGGAAGAGAAGGAUGAAAAGGAAGAGGAACUGAAUGAGACUCUUGAGCUUGAAACUGAAAUAGUGGAGAGGAAGAAUAAGAAAGGACCGGGGGGAGCCAAGGGAAAAGGGUCAAACCUGUUUUCGAGACCAAGGCGUGAUUCAUCUUCUAGUCUUUCCACCGCGUCAGAGGCUAAAGGACGCCGAGAGGGAAGUUUGCUGGUUAAACAGGACGUUGAGAAGGAGGACGAGGACAGUGAUAGCAGUGGGAAGGUAGGACGAGGACGGAAGAAAAGACCAAAGGAAGAGGAAGAUGAAGAUUUUGGCUCAGAUCUGGAUUCUACCGGAACUAGAAAGAAAAAGUUUGAGGACUAA